AUGACUUCCUUCUAUAGGAACCGAGGAUAUGAAGAAGAUCCUGAUUACCCAGACUUCCCCAAUUCCAGAGAAAAUCUAGGUUCUCGGAACACUCCAGACUAUUCAUAUUCCAGGAAAAAUGCAGAUAACCAGAAGCCCCAGAACAAUGCAAAGUAUUCAAACACUCACAAUUAUCCGGACUAUCCUAAUGACAUGAACAGUCCAGAUUAUUCUGGGGGCCAGGACUAUCCAUACAAUCUAAGAUCUAGGAAUCAUGAGGAAUAUCCAGAUUCAUAUCCAAAUACGAACUUUUCAAGAUCCCAGAAUACUCCUGACUACUUAUAUUCUAGGGAUAGUUCCCAUCAUUCAAGGUCCAGGCAUAACCCAGACUCCCUGGACUUCCCAAUGACUCCAGAUUAUUCUGGGGCCAAGGACUUUGGAAACUUCAGAGAGAGUACAAAUUAUCAACGUGUUGGGAGCCAUGCUUCUAGUUCAAAUUCCAAGAACUAUCCAGAUCGCUUAAAUUCCCUGGGCACUUCAGAUUACAGAAGUGCCAAGGACUAUGUAGGCUCCAGAAACAAUCCAGACUUUUUAAGAACCAGAAAUAAUCAGAGCUAUCCAGAUUCACUGGGAAUUUCAGACUAUCCAGAUGCUAAAAACGACCUGGACUCUCCAGAUAAUUGGGGGAGUGCAUAUUACCAAGGAAGUAAGAACAGUCAUGAUUACUCCUUUCCAGAAAACCCAGAAAUGGGCAGAGGCUUUUCUCCCAGGUUGCGCAAUAGAGUCCUUCAGAGGCGCCCUUCUUUCCAUCAUCCUCAUGACAGGACCUCAGGUUCCCCUGGGAGAAGGAGUCAAGAUUACCCAGAAUCCUUCCAAAUGACCACAAGACAGCCUGCGUCUCAGUACAUCCAACACCCUGGAUCAGAUCCAGAUGGCGGAUACAGAAACAGUGCCUAUGAGGAUGAAAGCAGACUAGAUGGAGCUUAUGGAAACCAGUACUUGGGAAGAGAAGAUGAGUAUAUGGGAGAUACAGUUAAUUAUGUUGGAGGGAAAAGGAACUGGUUUGAUGAAGAUCUUACUUUACUGUAUGCUGCUGAAAAAACAAAGCAAGAGGAAAGAUUGGUUGUAUCUCUUAUAAACUUAACAAGUGGAGAUGCAAACAAAAUCAUCCGGGAACAGCCACUGACCAUGCAGGAAAAGAGGAAAAUUAAGGAAAAUGUCAAUUUGGAGAAACAGCGAUCAAUCAGAUUUUCAGUUCAGUUAAAUUGUUGUACCAAGUGCCUGAGUACAAUAUUCCUGCAUUUUCGGCGUUUUAGAGGCACAAUGUCAGAAUUUUUCCAAUCGAUGCAGGUGUGGCAGAGGACCCUCAAGAUCAUUGGUGGCAAAUUUGGAACAAGUGUUCUCUCGUACUUCAGUUUUCUGACAUGGCUCCUUAAGUUUAACAUUCUCUCAUUUAUAGUGAACUUUAGCUUCAUCACCAUCCCUCAGCUCAUGGAGUCAAAACCAAACAAUCUUUCCUUCAGCAGUCUGGAGCUUCUCACUGGAGCAGGUUAUUUUCAACAAACAGUGUUGUACUAUGGCUUUUAUACCAAUUCAACUAUCAUGCACAAAGGAAUCAGCAGUUCUUACAACAUGCAGCUGGCAUAUAUUUUCACCAUUGGACUGUACUUGGUCAUCUGCUUCUUUUGCUUACUCUACAGCAUGGCUUGUUCUUUCCGGAAUAACUUCAUUAACCCCCACAUCUACUCCAGAGGGACUGCUAAGGUUGUCUUUUCCUGGGACUUCACCAUCACUAAUGAGAAAGCUGUGAAGCUAAAGCAAAGAAACCUUACCACUGAGAUCAAGGAGACUCUGUCAGAAAUCCGGCAUGAGAAUGUGAUCGCACCUCUCAAGCAGAGAAUGAAUCAUCUUGGCAUCCACCUGGGGGCCUGGAUUGUUUCCACAGGGGUAGCUAUUGCCUCCUGUGUGGCUGUUUAUUACCUCUCUUUUUACAACCUAAAGUUUCUGACAGACCACAAGAAUCAGGCAGCCACUUUAUUGCUACCUUUCAUGGUAUGCUGCAUCAAUCUCUUUGUACCAUUAUUUUACUCCUCUUUUGGAUUGGUGGAAAAGUUUGAAAUUCCUCGACAUCAGGUCUUCGUUAUCAUUACCAGGAAUAUUUUUCUGAAAAUAUCCAUCAUUGGGAUUCUUUGUUAUUAUUGGCUCAAUGCUGUGGCAAUUUCCAAGAAAGAGUGCUGGGAAACACUUGUUGGCCAGGAUAUCUACCGACUCCUUAUGAUGAAUUUUGUGUUUACUUUAUUUGAUUCCUUUUGCGGGGAGUUUUUGAGAAGAAUCAUUGGGACUAAACUAAUUAAAAGCCUUGGUGUACCAGAGUUUGACAUUGCCAGGAAUGUUUUGGAGCUGAUCUACACACAGACCCUGCUGUGGAUUGGCAUAUUCUUCUCCCCUCUACUGCCUUUCAUUCACAUGAUCACCCUCUUCAUCAUGUUUCAUAUAAAAAAAAUUAGCUUAAUGAUGAACUGUCAGCCUCCAAGCAAAGCCUGGCGUGCCUCUCAGAUGAUGACUCUUUUUAUCUUCCUGCUCUUUUUCCCGUCUUUUACUGGGGUGCUUUGUGUCCUAGCCAUCACUGUCUGGAGGUUGAAGCCUUCGGAUAACUGUGGUCCUUUCCAAGGUCUCCCUUCCAUCAUCCAUGCCAUCUACGGAUGGAUUGAGAUACUCAGCAACAAACCUGGCUACUUAUGGGUGGUGUGGAUUUAUCGGAAUCUCAUCGGAAGUGUGCAUUUCUUCUUCAUCCUCACUGUCAUUGUCCUGAUUAUCACAUAUCUUUACUGGCAGAUAAUCGAAGGAAGAAAGAUCAUGAUCAAACUCCUACAUGAACAGAUCAUCAAUGAGGGAAAAGACAAGGUAUUUCUUGUGGAGAAGCUUUUAAAGGUCCAGGAGGCCCAGAAGAAACCAAGUCCUUUCUCACUGUCUCUAGAAAGAAGGGAAGUUGAGAGGGAAUCUGGUACAAGCCUGGAUAGGGUGGCAGCAGAUAUACCAGAAAGAAGCAGAUAUUUUCAGAAGCAGAAUUUGGAAUUAAUGGAAGAAAAUUACCUUAACAAUGACACAAGAGAAGAAGUAACAUCUGAAGAGACAUCUCAAGCCCUAAGCCUUGCCAUGUUGGCUAGACAACAGGCAGAAAUGGAGACAUGA